ACCCCUCACUCCUAAAGCCAUCAUCAUACCCUGCGGACUCACAACUGUUGCAGGUUUCUCUCGCAGCCAUGGUCUCGGCAGACGCCAUCCGCACUGCGGUGGGGAUUUUAGGAAAUGUUAUAGCACUAGGCUUGUUCUUGUCUCCAGUGCCAACCUUUUAUAGGAUAUGGAAGAAGGGUUCAGUGGAACAAUUCUCCCCGGCCCCAUAUCUUGCCACCCUUCUCAACUGCAUGUUUUGGGUGGUGUACGGGCUGCCUCUAGUGCACCCCGGCAGCACUCUGGUCCUGACCAUCAAUGGGUCCGGAUCCCUUAUAGAGUUCUUCUAUGUGUUCCUCUUCAUCCUCUAUUCCGAAGGGCCUCGAAGGCUUCGCGUGCUCCUUAUUCUCCUCGCCGAGAUCGCCUUCGUGGCCGCCGUGGCUCUCUCCGUCAUUGAGGCCGCCCCCGACUACGACCGCCGCACUUUGAUCGUUGGAAUUCUCUGCGUCUUCUUCGGCACCAUGAUGUACGCCGCUCCGUUAUCGGUCAUGAGACUGGUGAUUCAGACAAAGAGCGUGGAGUACAUGCCUCUUUUCCUCUCAAUUGCCUCUUUCUUCAAUGGCGCUUGUUGGACCACCUAUGCUCUCAUUCGUUUCGACCUUUUCAUCACUAUACCCAACGCCCUUGGAGUGUUAUUUGCAGUAGCUCAGCUGGUUCUACACGCCACGUAUCACAAAUCCACAAGGAGACAGAUUGAAGCUCGGAGGAGCAAGGCAGAGCUGAGUUUGGUUGAGGUGGUCGCCAUGGGAGAGACCAACGAGACCCGCAAGGAAACCCAGAAUGGCCAUCACCCGUAGACCCAGAACACAUGAUGCAGCACAGACACCGGUCGCUAAUUUCCACUUUCUUGUUGCUAACCGUGUCUCGGUUUUUUGUUCUCCGUGUCGUAGUUUUAUACCGUCUUUUUUGUUUACGACACCGGCUAGGUUUCCAUCUCAACCAAGACAUCGGUUUCGUUCGUCGUUAAUUCUGGAGGAGUUCAGAACUGAGCUGCUCAUGCUUUCAAAUCUCUGUGCCAAAUCUCUUCCAUGCUUACAAGAAACAUGGAACUUCAAUACUUUUAGGAUGCUAUGGAAGCCACAUUGGAUUUCA